CCCAAGUGGAGAAGGAAUACAACCUAGUAAGCCAUGGAAAUAUUAUCUGAAGAGUUCAAUCUGAUGUGAGUGAGAACGUUGAGCAGCGAAGGAAAGAAAAAGGGUAUCAUCAGAGGAAAAAGAAAGGUAGAAAAAGUGUAACCUUUAGAGGAGGAUUUCAGAGAGGAGCUUUAUUUCGUGGGGCUGUUGCUACAAUUUCAGCUUCGAUGUCUGUUAGUAACAUCUCUGGCAGACAAAAGAAUUUAAUGAAUGAAGCCCAAGAUACAAUUACGAUGGGAAAGGCACUGGGGUUGGAUUUUGAAGGAAAGGAAGUUGAAGCAAUCAGCAAGAUCAUCCAGAUGGAAGAAGAAGAUGAAGCAAGGCUUGUAGGAGAGAUGAAAAAAGAAAGUGUUUAAACCAACACUUUAAGGGUGAAUUUAAGAGAAAUUUGCUACUAAAUGAAGAUUUUAUCAUGGAAUGUGAGAGGCCUUGGAAGGGUUGAGAAAAGACGAAGAAUCAAGGAAGUUCUAAAAGAAAAAAAGGUGGAUAUGGCUAUGCUACAAGAGACAAAAAAAUCGGAGGUUGAUGAUAUAUUUGUUAGGUCACUUUGGCCAAAUGAAUCGAUGGAGUUCAUGGGGGUGGAUGCGGAAGAUAGUGCGGGUGCUUUGCUUUGCAUAUGGAAACCAGAAGUCUUUGCUUUAAAGGAUUGCUGCAGCUCCAGGAGGUUUAUUCUACUUUUAGGUAACCAACCGGGAGUUCAGUCCUAACCUUAAGGCUUGUGUUUCUCUUGUCAACUUUGAUGCGUCCAGGCACCACCUGAUGCCGUGCAUUAUGUAUAGUUGCUGAGUUUUGAUUUAUGCUUUGAACGUCUAUUUAUGGUUGAUUGUAUAUAAUUCCUUCUUCAUUAAUAUUUUUGUUAUCAACCAAUUUGUGGGGUUGAGUCGAGGCAUAUGUGUGUAAACUUUCUGUAUAAUAUUUACUUAGUGUGAAGUUGAGAUCCUGGCAUGUUAGGAAUAGCUCAAUGGA